UUUUUUUUUUUUUUUUGAAUCCUCUGAUCUGUAUGUCAAUCUGGCAAGUCAUUCAUUUUAUUUCUAUCUGUUCCUUCUAUGAGUUUCAAACUUUGACAUCAAUCUCUUGCCUUUCUAUUGUGUUCUGCUUCUCAGGUGUUGAAUUUGAUCAUCAUCUGAUGGCUCUGUAUUUCAUUUGAUUGGAUUUUUAAGGUGGGUUUUUGCUCAUAUUGCCAAUUGUCAGCUCCUUUUGUAGGUUUUCUUAUGUCAUGUUUAGUAAUUGAGUUUCAUGCAUCUAGUGCAUUUUAGUUAAUUUCUUUUUAAUUUUUUUGCUAAAAAGAUGGUUGUGAUAGGAGAAGGACAGGGAGAGAGAGAGAGAGCGAGAAUGGGUAUUGAUGCAAUGAAAAUUAGAGUUCAAAUUAGGAAAUUUUUGGUGAUUUUAUUUAGAUUAUGUUACAGAUCAGUUUGUAAACACCCUUUUCUUGGGGGCAUGGUUUGUUACUUGUUAUUGUUGUAUAGUUCAUUUCCUGUCUUGUUUUCCCUUUUAGUCACUGCAUCCCCUGUUUUGAUUUGUACUGCAAUUUUGCUUGGGACCCUUUUGUGUUUUGGGGAGCCAAAUGCUCCUGAUAUUGAAACGGAAAAGGAAGAAGAAGAAGUUAGCCAUGAGAUUUUGUCUUUGAAAAAGGAAGGGGUUGUAGAGGAUGCCACUUUUGUUGUUCAGAAAGAUGAGAGCUUUAGAUUAGAGAGAUAUGUAGGGAACAUAGACAUUGAAGAAGAGAGCUUGGUAGAGAGCAACAAUAAAAUGAUUGAGGGUCAUGGUUAUUUAGGAGAUUAUGUGCCGCUGAUUUAUGAAACUUUGUGGGAAGUUCAAUUUGAGAAGCAAGUUAUUGAGGAAGUGAAGAGUGAUUUUGAUAAUUUAGAGUCAGGAAAGAAGAGGGAAAUUCAAGAGGAGAAUCUUGAGGUCAUGGAAGGGACAAGUCAUGAGGAGGGCACUGAGGAUCAAUAUUCUUUGCUCCAAAACUUUAGAGAUGAGAACCUUGAAGAUAAAUCAGCGGUAGAGUUUAAUGAAACUCAAAAUGGUUACCUAGAAUUUUCGCAGGAAUCAUCUUGGAAACCUGCAAAUCAUGAUGAUGAAGAAGAAGAUGAUGAGGCUUCUGAUUUUGGAUCUGAUGGGGCGGAAAAUUCCUCUCCAGAUGCUUCAAUGGCAGAAAUUCUUCUAAUGCUUGAUGAGCUUCACCCACUUUUAGAUGAGGAAGCUCCUCGACCAGCUCAUAUAUCUCAUGAUGGAUCUGAUGCUGGUUCAGAGGGGUCUCAUAAGAGUGAUGAGAGCAGUAUUGAGUCAGAGGAGGAUGUGGUAAACCAGGCAGAUGAGGACGAAGAUGGCGAUGAUGAUAAUGAUAACGAAGAAGAAGCACAGGGAAGUAAAGAGGAUGAAAGUAAAUCUGCUAUCAAAUGGACAGAGGAUGACCAGAAAAAUCUCAUGGAUUUGGGGACUUUAGAACUCGAAAGAAAUCUGUGUUUGGAGAGUCUUAUUUCAAGGAGAAGGGCUUGCAGAAACAUGAGAUUGAUGGCUGAGAAGAAUCUUAUAGACUUGGAUGCUGCUGAUCUUCCCAUUAAUGUUCCAUCCAUUUCAACAGCUAGGCAGAACCCCUUUGAUUUUCCUUACAAUGAUGUUCCUGGGUCCGCUCCAUCUGUAUUGUUGCCAAGACAAAAUCCUUUUGACCUUCCCUACAACUCACAUGAGGAAAAGCCUGAUCUUCAGGGGGAUAGUUUUCAACAGGGAUUCUCAACAAUUCAGCAUAGGGAAUCAUUUUUUCGAAGGCCUGAAAGUUUCAGUGUCAGGCCAUCAACUUUGGGGGGUGCCUGGCAAGAGAGGCAAGACCUUCAGUGGAAGCCUUAUUUUGUUCCUGAACGAUUUACUACUAAAGGAACUAGUUAUCACACUUUCCAGCAGCAAUUAAGUGAGACUAGUGACUCAAAGGUGAGCUCAGUUCCUGAUAGUGAGUCUGUUAGUUCAGCUCUGGAGGAGGAGGACAAGAGGAUCAAUGAAGUAGAUGUUUCUCAUGAAACCGAAAUGAUUUCCAAUGUUGACCAUGCCUCUCUCCUUGUUGAACCAGGAAGUUUAUCAUCUGAAGAGGUUGAUUCUGUGGAUGAUGAACAGGUUGGGGAGGGUGAUUUUCACCUUGAUGGGGCUGAAAUCACACCAGGGGUCUUUGAAAACCAUCAUGAAGUAGAUUCUGGCUUGUCGGAAUCAGAAGGGCCAACUCCUAAGGAGCUUAACCCAAGUGAAAUUCUUCUGCGUAUGGGACCUGGUGAGGAGGAUUACAGCAGUAGAUCAAGCCUAUCCUCAUUGUCAGAGAUAGAUGAAAAAAUAUCUCAUGUGAAAAGAGGAUCAAUGUGUCUUGAGCCAGCAAACUUUCAGAUUGAGGGUUCUCACAUUUCAACCCAAACUUCACUUGAUUCUGAUUUUCAUUUUGUGAGUGGGUUGGUAGAUGAUAAUGAAUACAGGGAGCCUAUUUUGGAGUCCAGAAAUGAUCAUAUUGACGAAUGUGACAUCUCAACACAAUCUUCUCUUGAUUCAGAUUUUCAUUUUACAAGUCGGAUGAUGGAUGAAAGUUCACAUAGGGAGCCUGCUGUGGAGUCAACAGGCUAUCAAAUUGCGGAUUCUGGUAUUUUGAAGGAAAGUUCACCAGAGUUUGAUUUACAUGUAAUGAGUGGACUGGCAGAUGACAAUCAAGAACAUGUUUUGGAGCCAAGAGGCCAUCAUAUUGUGGAAUCUGGCAUUUCAUCAGAGACUUCUCAUAAUUCAGAUUUCCAUUUGACAACUGCAGUGGUGGAUGACAGUCAACAUAGUGAUACUGUUUAUGAUUCAAGCCCCCCAUCAAUUGAGACUUUUCUCUCUUUUUCCUCUCUUUCUUCUGACACACACAGAUCAGAAAUGGGUUCACCUCUGGCAAUGGUUGAAGAUAAAGUAUCUGAAGCACAUGUUGAGAGCUUCGAGAAGGGUACUUCUGGUUACAAAGAGAUGCUUGAAGGCUCUUCACAAGCACAAUCACCAGAUGAAAGUGAAAUAAGAUCAGGAGUUACAGAAAAUACUGGGGGAUGAGAUUACAGAGCUUGGGCUGUCUGGAGUGGAUUCAAAUUUUUAUGGUCAAAAUGGGGUCAUGAAGCCUGAAUUAGCUGUUGAGAAUGUUUCUGUUGAUUCUCCUGCAUCUUUGUCAGAGGAUGGAUCAGCAGGGGAGGUUGUAGCCUAUAAGGAAGAAAGCUCUCAUCACAAACAGGAUCAACUGCACUCAUUGAGUCUUGUUACAGAAAUCAUUGUUGAUGGCAGUAAGCAGUUGGAUUCUGCCUAUUCUAGUUAUAAGAUGACUUCCGAAGAGUGCAAUUUGCCUGUACUGGAAAAAGAUUAUCCUCUACUGGUAGUUGAGCAGGUUUCAGCAGACACUGAAUUAUCUGCUUCAGAGGCUAAACCUGUCAAGGACCGUGGACUUGUUACUGAAAAAAGUCUUGAGCUUGAGCAGGAUCAAGUCUUAGAACACGAUAAUUACCCAGGAGAAACAUAUGGGCCACCCAUUUCUGAGGAUAAUGUGAACGAAGAGGAAGAUGAGAUGAAGGAGAUUGAUGAAGAAUUGUUGUCAGAAUUGGAUACAGUUGGGGACUUGAGUGUAAAAGAAGUUGUUGGCGAGUCACUCCAUGACGAACAAGUACCUGAAAAUACUAGUGUUAGUCCUGAAUUUAGUUUCUUGCCAAAAAAUUCAAGCCAGACGGAGGUCAAGCCAGAGCUUCCAGUCCUUGAAGUUAGAUCAGUUGAAGAUAUUGACUUGGCUUUCAAGCAAAUUCAUGAAGGAGUAAAUGUUGAGGAGGUCAUCCUUCCAAGUAUGGUUGAGGAGCAGUUAGCUGAGGAUGAACCUAAACUUCAAACUAAUUCAGAUUUGCAAGUUGUUGAAGCAAAAUCCUUAGAAGAUAUUCAUAUUGCAAUGAAGUCUCAGAAGAGAAUUUUGAGGAACUGGUGGAUUCAAGGGAUGCAACAGCAGAAGUAAAUGACUUGGCAUCUACCAAGGAGAUCCUGGUCCUUGAAGCUAAAACGAUUGAAGACAUUGACUUGGCUUUCAGGCAACUUCAUGAAGGAGUAGAAGUUGAGGAGGUCAUCCUUCCCAGUGCAAUUGAGCAGCUACUAGUGGUGGAUGAUACCAAAGAUCUUGGGCAAACCUGUUCAGGCUUGCCAGUUGUUGAAGCAAGAUCUUUGAAGGAUAUUCAUAUCGCCAUGAAGCUGGUUUCAGAGGGAAACACUGAGGAGCUGCCAAAGUUGUUGGAUCCGAAUGAUAAACCAGGACAUGAAGUGGCUUCUAUCAAGGAGAUUGAUUCUAGGGAUUCACAGAUAAAUGAAGAGGAUACCACUGAGGAUAUUGAAUCAAGUGCUGUAGAAGUAAAUGGAGUGAAUUCCACCAAUGCUGUGGAAUCAAGCUCUGUACAAGUAACUUAAGUGGCCUCCAUCAAGGAGAGUGAACCGAGCACCACUGAGUUUGGUGUUGGAGAAACCAGUACAAUUGCUCCUCAUGAACCCGAGCAUGGAUUUGAUGAAGCAUCUUGAAAUUCAAGUUCGAGCAUAUUGGAUGCCAAGGGCUGGAAGGAAAAAUCUCAUAGUUCAAGCGCUAGUUCCAUCUCAAGCUUGAGCUCAAGUGAUUCAGAUGGAGGAUAAGCAUUGUAGAAGAGAAAAGGGAAAGGAAGUUUUGUGGUUUGAGUUCUCCUUAUUGGUCUAGUUGUGUGAAAAUGGUUUUUUUUUUUUUUUGUCUGCCAUCUUGGUUUACUACUAGUAGAUGGGUUUCGAUUGCUUUCUAAUUUAUUGAUCUGAUUUCUUCAAGAAUGAGUUUUUGGUUUGAUUUCUUGAAAUUUUAUUUAUUUUUGGUUAUUUUUAGUUCAAAGAGUGAGUACUUUGGGAGAGAUUUUUUGAAAUCCUUGCAUGUUGUAAAUUACAAUCUGUAGAAUGAAUUUGAUCAAUUCCAGAUGUAUAUUGUUUCGUUUCAAA